UUGCAUAGCAUCAAGGGCAGAUAAUUUUGUACACAAAACUUCGAAAAAGGAAACACUAUCAGGCCAGGUCGAUGGAACGCUAUGAAACAGUUCACAAACUGGGAAAAGGUGGAUGUGGUGCUGUCUUUCUUGUCAGGCACAAGGAGUCCAGAAAGUUGUUUGCUUUGAAGACUAUAGAACUGGAUGAAAGAAAGAAGACCAGAACUAAAGAGGCUGUGCAGAAGGAAGCAAAGAUAUUAUCACAGUUAAAACACCCCCAUAUUGUCCUGUAUCAUGAAUCCUUCUUUGAUGCAGACUUUGAGUAUCUACAUAUAAUACAGGAUUAUUGUGAUGGUGGAAGUAUGGAUGAUAAAAUCAAGGCAGCUGCUGUGAAGUCAAGACAUUUUGAUGAAACACAAAUUAUGGAGUGGUUUAUACAGAUUAUCAUGGCUGUACAAUACAUACACAGUAAAAAGGUGUUACACAGAGAUUUGAAAGCUGAGAAUGUCUUCCUCACAAAGAAAAAUGUUGUCAAAAUAGGUGAUUUUGGAAUCUCCAAGGUACUUGAGAACACUGUUGAUGUUGCACAGACUAUUGUUGGAACACCAAGUUACCUUAGUCCAGAGUUGUGCCAGGAUAUACCAUAUUCCUCUAAAUCAGAUGUGUGGGCUGUUGGAUGUUUGUUGUAUGAAUUGUGUGCGUUGAAGUCACCAUUUGAUGCCCAGAAUCUAAUCAGUCUGUUCUUUAAAAUUAUCAAAUGUGAAUUUGAGCCAAUACCGAGUAUAUAUAGUAAAGAAUUACAGGAGAUAGUUAACAUGAUCCUUGUAAAAUCUCCUGAUGACAGACCUAGUGCCAGUGCUUUGCUGAAUACACAGUUAGUGAAAAAACAUUUAGCUAUGUUUAUAGAACAGAAAGAGAAUCUACUGCAACAAAAAUCUUCCAAAGAUGACUCCCUAUCUACCCCACAACACACACCUACAACUGUACCUAAACUGAAACAACAGAAAAGCAACAUGGAAAAACCAAGUCCAAGUUUAAAGAGAAAUAAAUUAAAGAUAUCAACACCGAUGUUACAGAAGUCAGAUUAUUUACAAAAUGCAGAGUUGACUAGCAGGGAGAGGUCACCUCAUGGUCAAGAUAGUGGAUUAGGUGUCAGUGCUGAAACAGAUAUAAUUAAAGAGAACAGAUUAGACAUUCCUAAACCAGAUGCAGAUGCUGCCUCAGAUUAUUCAGAUGACUUUGAUGAUGCUGAUGAAGCAGAUUCUGAUAUUGAAGAAGACAUAAAAGAAGAGAUAGAAUGUGUAGAGAGUGAUGACUCUGAAGAUGAAAUAGAAGAUAUCACAGAAAAUAAUGAUGAGGCAGAGUAUGCUGAUGAUUUUGAAGAAUAUGACUCCAGUGAGGAUCUAGAUGCCAUGGUACAUCUAGCAAAGGAGGCCCAGGAUAUUGAGGCGGUAGACGACUGGUUUGCAGACAGUAUUUCCGACCUACACAGACAACAAACUGCCAUGCUCAGACAACAAUGUAAGGAGGCAUUGGGAGGUAGAGGGUUGAAGGAAGUGGAGCGUCUAGUCAGUGAUGGUACACUAACAGAAGAGGAUCUUAGCCCACAAUUUGCAUUGCGAAGGUCCAUUGGUGAAGAUAGUGCUGAAAUCUGUCAUUUAAACAUAGAUGACCUUGAACUUGGUUGAGCAUUGCAUCAGUUUCUAAAUAUAGAAUAUUCCCCAGUAUGCAAAGGGAAGGUGAUGUGCAAUAUCCGUCCAGCAUGUUUACUUGUGAUAAUCAAAGUUAACAAUCAGCGAGACAUUGUUGAGAUAUAAGAUUUCUGUGUGCUGUGGUUUUGCUAGAGCUAGAAGGGACUCCACUGAGGUUUUUUUGACUUGAUGGGACUGGAAAUAUUUUUCCAAUAUUUUUGUACCAUUUGAUCAAUGACUUACAUAAAAAAUUUCAGAUCAUUCCCUCUCCCAGUUACUUUUUCAGAAUCAUCAAAAAUAAUAAAAUACUAUGCAAAAAACAAAUGAAAAGCUUAUAAACUGCUAUAGUUUUCACUCAAAUCAAGCCAAGAAUCGCACAAAAAUUAAUUUUCAAUGUUUAAUUCUGAGCAUAUUUAUUUAUCAUCCUUU